GUUCUGCGCGGUGGACGUGUGGGAGGGUGGUGGAUGUCAGGCUGUUUCCAGAUGAACCUUAGUGCAUAUGUUCGAAUACGCUCGUACGUGUUUGGUGCCUUUGUUGAAUACCUCUAGAGUGGGCUUUAUUGAGAAGUCUGCUUGGUCGCCACCAUACUAUUAGGAAAGGCCUGCAUUUCGACAUCUUCGAAGUCGUCAAGCGGUAUCAAAUGACGUGACAAUCCGCGAUGUCCGACCGAGGGGAAGGGGAUGGUCCGGUGGCCGGCCCCGCCGAGGGGGCCGCCAGGCCGUGCCGUGGCAACUGCUUCAAGCCGAGAAAGUCGGUUGAGAACAGGAACACCAGGGAGAUGCACUUCAAGAUGCCCAAGUACCUGACGGACGCCUUCAAGACGAUGUUCAAGAUGCGCGGUGACGGCUUGCUGACGGACGUGGUUCUCGAGCUGGAGAGUGAGGACGUCAAAGCGCACAAGCUUGUUCUGGCUGCAGCGAGUCCUUAUUUCAAGGCCAUGUUCACCAGCGGUCUGCGAGAGAGCUCCAUGAGCUCCAUCAAGCUGCAGGGCGUGUGCACCUACACCUUCAGCCGCCUGCUGCUGUUCGCCUACACCGGCGAGAUCACCGUCAACGAGCAGACGGUGUGCGCCCUGCUGCCAGCCGCCACCAUGUUCCAGAUGCAGCACGUGGUCGAGGUGUGCUGCAACUUCCUCAGGAACCAGCUGGAGCCGAGCAACGCUAUCGGCAUCGCCACCUUCGCCGAGCAGCACGGCUGCAUGGAGCUGCUACACACGGCCACGCAGUUCAUCGAGCAGCACUUCACUCAGAUCGUGCAAGAAGAGGAGUUCCUCAUGCUCAAUCCGACGCAGCUGAUCAAGCUGAUCCACCGAGACGAGCUGAACGUGUUCGAUGAGCGAGACGUGUACGCGGCUGUGGUCAAGUGGGUCAAGUACGACGAGAAGACGCGCCAGCCCAAGAUGGAGUGCAUCAUGCGCUCGGUGCGUUGCGAGCUGCUGCCGCCGCGCUAUCUGAAGGACCAGCUGGAGAACCAGCCGCUGCUGCAGGGCUCGGAAAACUGCCGCGAGUACCUCGCCAACAUCUUCAGAGAGCUGACGCUGCACAGGACGCAGGGCAUCAAGGAGCGCACGCCUAACGCGCCGUGCGUCAUCUACGUGGCCGGCGGCUACCUGCGCUUUAGCCUAGACAAGAUGGAGUGUUACGCGCCCUGUGACCGGGUCUGGCACGAGCUGGCGCCACUGCCGGACGCGCGCUCCGGCCUUGGCGGCGCCUUCAUGGGCGGCCUGCUGUACGUGGUCGGCGGCCGGAAAAACAACCCCACAGGCGUGCUGGACAGUAACCGUGUCGACUGCUACAACCCGAUCACGAACGCGUGGCGCGCGUGCCCUGGCACGCUGGUGCCGCGCAGCCGCCUGGGCGUGGCGCUGCUCGACGGCUACCUGUACGCCGUCGGUGGCUCCAACGGACAGCAGUUCCUCAACAGCGUGGAGAGGUACUGUCCGGACAAGGAGUUCUGGACGCUGAUGCAGCCCAUGUCGACGCCGCGCAUGGGGCUGGGCGUGGCCAUGGUGAACCGGCUGCUGUAUGCCGUCGGCGGUUACGACGGCACGGCCCGGCUGCGCACCGCCGAGUGCUACCACCCGGAGGAGAACAGCUGGACGCCCAUACCGCCCAUGAACACACCGCGCAGCGGCAUAGGCAUCGGCGUCAUUGACCGGUUCGUGUACGUGGUGGGUGGCUACGACGGCAACCAGCAGCUGCGCACCGUCGAACGCUACGACACGGAGGAGCGCCGCUGGGAGAUGGUGGCGCCGCUGCCCGCCCCCAAGUCGGCGCUCAGCGUAGCUGUCGACGAGGGCAAGCUGUACGCACUCGGCGGCUUCGACGGCAACCACUUCGUCAGCUCGGUGGAGAUGUACGACCCGGCGCGCGACGCGUGGACGGCGUGCGCGCCGAUGACGGAGGCACGCUCCGGACACGUGUCGGCCGCCUCCGUGCGGCCCUGCUUCGUGCACACGGACCCGUGCCUGCUGGACCGGCGGCAGGCCGGCGGCGGCCAGCACGGCGCUUGCGAGUAA